CCGCGCCCAGCUGAGGAGCCACAUCGUGGCACCAGCCUGAGGACUUGGGGACACACAGAGGGCAGAGGACAAGGCACCUGCACCUCAGGCAUUAGCCGUCCAGCAGAGCUGUGGACCAUGCCUGUGUCCCUGCGGCGUCGGGAAAGACACACGCCAUGAGGUGUGCACUGGGGCCAGCUGACCUCCGUAUAGAGGACACGUAAGGCUAGGGGGAUGCUGAAGAGAGGCACAGACAGCGGCGUGAGGCCGGGCGGAUCAUGGCAUGUCCUGUGCAGAAGAUUGAUAAGUAUCUGUAUGCCAUGCGGCUCUCUGACGAAAUUCUGAUAGAUAUCCUGACCCGCUUCAAGAAGGAGAUGAAGAAUGGCCUCUCCCGGGAUUAUAAUCCAACGGCCUCGGUCAAGAUGCUGCCGACCUUCGUCCGCUCCAUUCCGGACGGCUCGGAAAAGGGGGACUUCAUUGCCCUGGAUCUCGGCGGGUCUUCCUUUCGAAUCCUGCGGGUGCAAGUGAACCACGAGAAGAGCCAGAAUGUCAGCAUGGAGUCUGAGAUCUACGACACCCCAGAGAACAUCGUCCAUGGCAGCGGAAGCCAGCUUUUCGAUCACGUCGCUGAGUGCCUGGGAGACUUCAUGGAGAAAAAGAAGAUCAAGGACAAGAAACUACCCGUGGGAUUCACGUUCUCCUUCCCUUGCCGACAGUCCAAAAUAGACGAGGCUGUUCUGAUCACGUGGACGAAGCGGUUCAAAGCCAGUGGCGUGGAAGGGACGGAUGUGGUCAAGCUUCUGAAUAAAGCCAUUAAGAAGCGAGGGGACUAUGACGCUAACAUCGUAGCUGUGGUGAAUGACACAGUGGGGACCAUGAUGACCUGCGGCUACGACGACCAGCAGUGUGAAGUCGGCCUGAUCAUCGGCACUGGCACCAAUGCCUGCUACAUGGAGGAACUGCGACACAUCGACCUGGUGGAAGGCGACGAGGGGAGGAUGUGCAUUAACACGGAGUGGGGAGCCUUUGGGGACGAUGGGUCCCUGGAAGACAUCCGAACCGAGUUUGACAGAGAGUUAGACCGGGGAUCCCUCAACCCUGGGAAGCAGCUGUUCGAGAAGAUGGUGAGCGGCAUGUACAUGGGGGAGCUUGUCCGGCUAAUCCUGGUGAAGAUGGCCAAGGAGGGCCUCUUAUUUGAAGGGCGCAUUACUCCAGAGUUGCUCACGAGGGGCAAGUUCAACACUAGUGACGUGUGCGCCAUUGAAAAGGAUAAGGAAGGCGUUCAAAAUGCCAAGGAAAUCUUGACCCGCUUGGGAGUGGAGCCGUCGGAUGUUGACUGUGUGUCGGUCCAGCACGUAUGCACGAUUGUCUCCUUCCGAUCUGCCAACCUGGUAGCUGCCACGCUCGGUGCCAUCCUGAACCGCCUGCGGGACAACAAGGGCACACCCCGGCUGCGGACCACGGUUGGCGUGGACGGUUCCCUCUACAAGAUGCACCCACAGUAUUCCCGGCGGUUCCACAAGACGCUGAGGCGCCUGGUGCCCGACUCCGACGUGCGGUUCCUCCUCUCAGAGAGUGGCAGCGGCAAGGGAGCCGCCAUGGUGACCGCCGUGGCCUACCGCCUGGCCGAGCAGCACCGGCAGAUCGAGCAAACCCUGGCCCGCUUCCGCCUCACCAAGCAGGCGCUGAUGGAGGUGAAGAAGAAGCUGCGGGCCGAGAUGGAAAUGGGGCUGAGAAAGGAGACCCACCCCAGAGCCACCGUCAAAAUGCUGCCUUCCUAUGUCCGGAGCACCCCGGAUGGGACUGAGCACGGUGACUUCCUGGCCUUGGAUCUGGGAGGGACGAAUUUCCGUGUCCUGCUGGUAAAGAUCCGUAGCGGGAAGAAGAGAACGGUGGAGAUGCACAACAAGAUCUACUCCAUUCCCAUGGAGAUCAUGCAGGGCACCGGGGACGAGCUCUUUGACCACAUUGUCUCCUGCAUUUCCGACUUCCUGGACUACAUGGGGAUCAAAGGCCCCCGGAUGCCUCUGGGUUUCACCUUCUCAUUUCCCUGCAAGCAGACGAGCCUGGAUUGUGGAAUCUUGAUCACGUGGACAAAGGGUUUCAAAGCCAGUGACUGUGUGGGUCACGAUGUAGCGACUUUACUGAGGGAUGCAGUAAAAAGGAGAGAGGAAUUUGACCUGGAUGUGGUUGCUGUGGUCAACGAUACCGUGGGCACCAUGAUGACCUGUGCUUAUGAAGAACCCACUUGUGAAAUUGGACUCAUCGUGGGGACUGGCAGCAACGCUUGCUAUAUGGAGGAGAUGAAGAAUGUGGAGAUGGUGGAGGGGAACCAGGGACAGAUGUGCAUCAAUAUGGAGUGGGGUGCCUUUGGUGACAACGGGUGUCUGGACGACAUCAGAACAGACUUUGACAAGGUGGUGGACGAAUAUUCUCUAAACGCUGGCAAACAAAGGUUUGAGAAGAUGAUCAGCGGCAUGUACCUGGGUGAGAUCGUCCGCAACAUCCUGAUUGACUUCACCAAGAAAGGCUUCCUCUUCCGGGGACAGAUCUCGGAGCCGCUCAAGACCCGAGGCAUCUUUGAGACCAAGUUUCUCUCUCAGAUUGAGAGUGACCGAUUAGCGCUGCUCCAGGUGCGGGCCAUCCUUCAGCAGCUGGGUCUGAACAGCACGUGCGACGACAGCAUCCUGGUCAAGACCGUGUGCGGGGUGGUGUCCAAGCGGGCGGCUCAGCUGUGUGGCGCCGGCAUGGCCGCCGUGGUGGAGAAGAUCAGGGAGAACAGAGGCCUCGACCACCUGAAUGUCACCGUGGGAGUGGAUGGGACGCUCUACAAACUUCACCCACACUUCUCUAGAAUCAUGCACCAAACUGUGAAGGAACUGUCACCAAAGUGUACCGUGUCCUUCCUCCUGUCCGAAGACGGCAGCGGCAAGGGGGCUGCUCUCAUCACAGCUGUGGGCGUGAGGCUCAGGGGAGAGUCUUCGAACCCCUAAGAGCCAGGAUCCUCCCAGUCCCCAGCCCGCCACCCUUCCAGCACUCCUCUCUAGAUCCGGCGCCCACACCCCCGUGUUCCACCCAGCAAGCCCCGCUGGGAGACCCCCCCACGCUGGCACCCACUCUGCCGCCGAGGGAGGAAGGGGGGACCGCAGUAACGGAGCAUCACCUAGAAUCCCACCCAGAGCGCGUGCUGUUGAAGAUCUGAUCUCUCGCCUGGACCCCGCACCCCCACCCACCCUGCCACUCUGCAUGAUUCAAGUGCGACCUGGCCAUGCAUUGCCCAUGCGUGAACGUAGCGGCACCCACGUCUACCGCAGUCGUCCAGCCAGGAAAAGAGCCCCCGCCCUCUUGGACUUGUCUUCUGGGCCCUUCCAAGCCCAUCUGUGGAGUCGCCUCCCUGCCCACCCCACUCUACCCCACCCCUGCGUGAAGUGUGUUAUCACCAGCAGACACUGCCGGACUCCUGCCCACAGGGGCGUGGCCUGAAGGGCGAGCAUGGACAUGGCGGCACUGCUGUUCCCUUCCCCUCCCAGCACCCGCCGCAGCCUGCCAUCCCAUCUGGAUGUAUUGAUGCCACUGAAUUGUGUGUCCGUCCGUGGAGCCAAUCCUAGCCCCAUUAUUGACAGUCUUGCAUUUUGUUUUGUCUCGUGGUGGUGGGGGCGGGGGUGGUAGAGGUGCGCUGAGGUGGGCAGUCCUGUGGGAGAACAUCUGGUCUCUCCAUCUGGUCAGAAGGAAGCAACCCACAAAACGCCAUCACUGGAAUCUCCCAUCGCUUUAGUGAGCCAUUGUUGUUCGUCUAGUAAACUUUGUACUGAUUCAAAAGUAA